AUGGCAAAAGUUGAAGUAGUAUCAUCGAGCCUUGUCCCUAUGGCGUCCGUCGACGCAACUCCAAUGUCACGGCUCGAUUUAACUCCAUGGGACUUGCAAAUGCUCUUACUCGAACCAAUCCAAUACGGGGUUCUAUUUCACAAGCCCAAAUUCCCUAUCAAUUUCAUUAUCGAUUACCUCAAAGCCUCACUCUCCCGCGUGCUCGACUACUUUCCCCCGCUCGCCGGCCGCCUCGCCACCGAAAACACCAACAACAGCAAACAAACGGCUGUUUAUUUCGUCGACUGCAACAACAAAGGCGUCGGCUUCAUCCAUGCGGCCGCCACCGACAUUUCGGUUACCCACAUCAUGGAAGCCACCUACACGCCAGAAAUCGUCUUCUCCUUCUUCCCGCUAAAUGGGACCCGCAACUUUCAAGGGACCUCCGAGCCACUAUUCGCCAUCCAGGUCACGGAGCUCGAGGACGGCCUCUUCUUGGGUUGUGCAGCUAACCACGCCAUUAUGGAUGGCUCAUCCCUGUGGCAUCUGAUCCGCUCGUGGUCCGAGAUUGUCCGUGGUCGUGAAAAAAUAUCGGAAAUGCCCUCAUUCGCGCGCAAUUUCCCGGGAUGGGAAAACCGACCCAUACCCGUCCGUGUGCCCGACUUCAAUACGAAAAUCGUGCGGCCCUUAUUGCUCGAGAGGGUUUUCCACAUAAGCAAGGAGAGCGUGGGGAGGCUAAAGGCGAGUGUAAAUUCGGAAGCCGGAGAGUUUACGUCGUUCCAGGUGAUCGUGGCUCUUCUGUGGCGGUGCGUGGCGCGUAGCCGGAAAAAGACAGGUGGCGACUGGAAGGAAGUUUUCGUCACGUCGGUCGGUGCAAGAGGGAAAAUCCCAUUACCGGAAGGGUAUUUUGGGAACGCUAUUGAUGUUUCAAGGCUUUGCAUGAGUGAGAGGGAGGUGUUGGGAGAUGGGUUGGGCCGACCUGCGCUCGGGCUCAAGGCCUUUUUUGCCGGGAAAGGGAAGGAGGAGGUUGUGUUGGGUUUUCUAGAGGAGUGGGUUAAGGAGCCUCGGUUGCACGUGCACGUCGAGGGGAGUUUCACACUGGGGGUGACGAGUUUUCCCAAGUUCGACGCGUACGGAGGCAUGGGGAAUGUGGGGCUAGGGAAGCCGGUGGCUGUAAGGAGUGGAAAGGCUCAGAAAUGGGAUGGGAGAGUGAUGCUUUUCACGGCGGCUGAAGGGGAUGGGGUUGAUGUUGAGGUCUGUCUGGCGCCAAAAGUUAUGGCGGCGUUGGAAGAAGAUGCUGAGUUCAUGGAGACCAUUUAA